UGGCGUCUCCAGUGCGCAUCAUACUCGGAAGUGGACGUGUUGUCGGAAGGAGAGAUUAAAGUGGGUCACCGUAGUCCCUCACAGACUGCUCUAUAUAUUGAAUAUAUUAUGUUAUAUAUAAUAUCAUAUAUAUUAUGUAGUAUCACAGCCUGAGGAAGGAUGGAGACAGAGAACCUCAGCGAGGCGCGGCGGACACAGAGCCGCGAGACGCAGACCGACUACAGACCACAAGGUCAGGUCCCCCGGUUGUGUCAGGCCAACCUGUUCACCCUCCUCAGCCUGUGGAUGGAGAGGUUCCCCAGAGAGACUUCUGAAGACCACGACCCGGUGGUUCGGCCCUGUGGUCUGGUUGUGGUCCGUGGGGGCCGGGUCAGGGGCCUCCACGUCUCGGGGCCCCUCCUCCACGUGGGCCAGGAGGCGGUGCUCCGCCAUGGGGGGGCGGGGCUAGAGGGCAGCCAGCUCUACUUCUCCAGACGGCCGUGCUCUGCCUGCCUCAAGAUGGUGGUCAACGCGGGGGUGAUUCAGGUCUUCUUCUGGCCGGGGGACCCGGAGGUCAGCGUGCUCUCGGGUCGCGGUGCGGACCGGUCCCCCGCCCCAGGUCCGGGUGUGGGGCCCAGCCCGGAGGCCCUGCUGGACCUGGGGGCGGUGGAGAGGCUGCGGGCGGGAGGCGGGCCCCCGGUGGUCGUGGCCCUGCGGCCCCUCGCCCCCGGUCUGCCCCAGUACGUGGAUCUGAAGGCCAGGACCUCCGACUUCAUGGAGCGGGUCCAGGAAGACCAGCCGGAGCAGGACGGAGACGAGCUAUUCAGGAGGCAGCGGAGGAGUCACCUCCAGGAGCUGUCCCGGGCGUUCCUGAUCCCGUGUGAGCGGGAGCACCGGGCGGUCCUGGAGCUGCUGGGUCUGGAGGCCUUCUGCCAGGACCCGGACCUCUCUACCCUGAGGAGCAGCAUGCUGCAGCUGGUGGAGCUGCUGGCCUCCGUCAGCGCAGGGCUGCCCCUGCUCCACCACGGCUUCUACUGCGCCGCUUCACCCAGGGACCCGGCGCCCCCAGCAUGGCUCUCUAAGGAGAGUCCGGACGUGGCCCCCAGGGGUCCGGUCCCCCCGCCCGUCUCCCAGGCUGUGGCUCGCCACUGCAUCAUCCAGGCAACGCUGCUGGCCUUCAGGACAGAGGACCCCAAGGUGGGCGUCGGAGCCGUGAUCUGGGCCCAGGCGGAGUUGGACGGUGGGGACGGGACUGGCCGACUCUACCUGGUGGGCUGUGGCUACAACGCCUACCCAGUGGGCUCCCAGUACGCCCAGUACCCACAACUGGACACCAAACAUCCGGACCGUGGGAGGACCAAGUAUCGAUACAUCAUCCACGCUGAGCAGAACGCCCUAACCUUCAGGAGCCGGGAGGUGUGCCCCGGACAGCGGCUCCUGCUCUUCGUCACCAAGUGCCCGUGUGACGAGUGUGUUCCUCUGAUCCGGGCGGCGGGCGUGACUCACGUCUUCACCUCGGACCAGGACGCCGGCAAGGACAAGGGGGACAUCUCCUACCUCCUCUUCAGGGGCCCCAUCGGGCCCUCCAGGCUGACAUGGCAGAAACGCCCCCUGCUGUAG